UAAUAUUCUACCGAAAAUAUAUCAAAGAGAAAAUCAAUCUUACCUUAAAAAACUUCCUUUGAUUUGCUUAAUUAUCAGAUUUAUCGAUAUUUUAAACAAUAUAACUUUUAAUUACUGACGGCCCUUCUGCCGCCGGAGAUCGCACCCCGUUCGAUGCGGGAGAUCGGACUAGGGCUGGCUAUUUGGUCCGGGUUUUUUGGUUUUACCCAAAACCAGACGUAUAAUCCGGAUCGAGACCGGACCGGGACUGGAUAGUAAACUGGAUAAAGACCGGAUAAGAGAGCUCAACACCCAAAACUUAAGCGUAAUUUGCAUAAACGGUCACAAUCCUUUGCUCAUAGUACAAAACUUAACCAAAUCCUUACCCUUUCAGGCCUUAGGCCACUCAAUCCCCACAAGCUCAAUAUAAAAUCAAGACCGAAUUGGGACCGGACCGAAUCAAAACCGAACCGGACCAAGACCAGAGUGUAUCCAAUCCAAUCUUUGGUCCUUAUAUUUUCAAAAAGACUGGACUGGACCGGAUCAAUUUGGGCCAAUUUAACCGAAUCGGACCGUAUAGCCACCCCUAGAUCGGACCCUAUCCGAGGAGCGGACAAUGUCCGACGCCGGCAGGCGGAACCUCUUCGAACUCCGACGUCGGCCGAGGGUCUCCGUCCAUCUCCUUCCGAAGUAUUGCUCCCAUGGCAAUUCCCUUGCCGCAGUCGCCACACAAAAAAACGAGAAGAUUGAGAGCCGAGAAGCGAAAGAAGAUGGUGGAGGGAACAUCGCGGAAGAAAAAGAGGAAGGUGAAUCGUCGCCGGAAAUUGCGGGGAAAAAAGAGAAAGGCGACGGUGAUUGUCGCGAUUUGAGGAACAUAAAAGAGGAAGGUGAGGUCCCAUGUGGUAGGUUUGUUUCUUCACAGCGGCGGCAGCAAACCCGGCCAACAGUUUCGCCGACGGGAUGGGUACAUUAGUUAGGUUUCUAAAGUAUCCGAUGGCAAAAUUGAAUAUUUUUACAAAACUAUGAGAGAAAAUAGUAAACACACCGACGACAAAUAGCGAUUCAGAAUAAGUAACCAUGAUAACCUAUUUCAAAGCGUUGUGUCAAGUAUAGGUGUCAAUCGGGCGGGUUCGGGCUGGGUUCAAUCGGGUUCGGGUUCAAACGGGUUGCGAGUUAGUCGGGUUGCGUGUUCAUCGGGUUCGGGUUCAUCGGGUUCGGGUUCAAACGGGUUGCGGGUUCAUCGGGUUCGGAUUCAAUCGGGUUGUGGGCAAAUCCGGUUGCGGGUUCAUCGGGUUUUGGGUCGGGUGGGUUGCGGGUGGGUCAGGUUUCGGGUUGUUCGGGCCAGCGCAUCGAGUAACUUAACUCAUUACUCAUUACCAACUUACACAUUUUAUUACGCUAAUUUAAAAUAUUUUCUCAACUUUUUAACCAAUUUAUUUCUACCUCGUAUAUAUAUACUUUAUUUUUUUUAAAAAACUAGUCAAAAUGUU